GCGUCAGGCAGCUGUUCUGCUCUGUCAGUAACGCAGUUCUAGAGGGAAGCCAGAGAAAGUGAUCAAUAUCCAUUGAUUCCAGUUAUUUCCAGAGGAAGAGGUGCUCCACCACCUGGAGGAGGAGACGAUCAAGAGAGAAUUUCCAGGAGAUGAUGGGAGUGACUCCAGGAGGAAGACACCCCGGAGAUUUUUAAUGGACGGGUCAGACGCGAAAGUGGAGAUGAAGGGGAUAAAGGAAGAAAUUGAUGAUAGCCAGUGCAGCUGGAGUGUUCCUUACACUGGGAGUACGCCGGACCGUGAGGAAAUCAUGAGAGCCCUGAAAGACUCCCCAGGGGAUAGCUUCUCCAGGGUGAAGCAUGAGAGCCCACGCCCAGGGAUAGACGAAAUCAUGCGGGAAAUUAUGAAUCAACCCUCGGUCUCAGGGAUUUCUCAGCUGUCGGAUGUGUCAGGAACAUCAGGAACUAGUUCACGGCUUCCAAAGAUCGAGAGUCAGUCUCCGGAGUCUGGGAGCACUGGAGAACAUAUGAUAUUGACUCGAGUCCUGAGAGAAAUGAUGGAUCAAUCAGAAAUUUGGGGGAUCGUUCCUAAAACCGAAGGUCAGUCCCCAGGAAGUCCAGAGAUCCCCAGAAAAACGAAAAUACUAGAUCGAGGGAUGAAUCAUCAAUUGAUAACUCAUGACGACGAGAGUCAUUCCAGCGAGGAAUUAAUCGACAAAGCCCUGGAGUUGUGCCUGUCUCCCCCAGGAACUUCUGGAGGAUCCGAGGGCGAGUCGUCCCUCGAUGAAUUGAUUUCUAAAGCCCUAGAAGAGUCCCCGAGAAAAAUUCCGGAGCAAGAGGAAGUCCUGGAGCCCACGGCUUCCCCUGGAGCUUCCACUGUAGCUCGAAACAAAUUCUGUGAAGGGAUGUCAAUCCUGGAUGACCCUGGGAGAGAAUUUCACGUGGUGGAGAGUGAUGACGAGGAUGACGUCGAUGAGUUCACGCCCAGACCCAGGGGUGGGGUCCAGGGAGAAAUUGUCCUUGGAGAUGUCUCGAAUGAGAACAACAGGAAUGUGGGGAAUCGAUCUGGAGGACGUGGGGGCGGUGAUUAUUUCUACAGGAAGAGGUACACUGAUGAUGAGAACAGGGCGAUGAUCGAGAUCCUCAUCAGGGAGGGGAGUAUUCAGAGUGCUGUUAACCUGGAUUACUGGAGGCACGUCGAGGAGCUCGGGCUCUCGAGGUUGAGGGGACGCUCUGGAAAGUCUCUUUAUAAUCACUUCAUGAGGUUUCUUGUGGAGAAGAGGUAUAAAUUUUAUACGAAGGACCCUGAGGCUCUGAAAGAAUUCCAGAAGCUGCAUGAUUAGUAAUUCAAGGGCCCCAGGUUCUUCCCACUCCCUGGAGAAGCUCCAGGAAGUGUUUUGUAUGAUUUUUUUAUUGAUCUUUGUAAAUUAUUCGCAGAAUAUUUUGUGAGAGAAUAAAUUUUUGGUGCGAGAUAAA